GUGAAAUAUGCAGAAAGGCGGGACUCGCAUCGUUAACUUAGUUGAUUGACGGUUGCCUACCUCAGACAUAUAUACGUGAUCUUUGUACAGCAUUCAUCGCACUCACCAAAUUCCUCAAAUGUUGUGGUUCGAAAAUCUUGUUACUCUUUCAUGGUGGAAUGAUGCUUGGCUCAAUGAAGGUUUUGCUACCUACGUAUCGUAUUUAGGAGAAUCUGAAGUUCAGCCAACAUGGAAGUCGAAAGAUAGAUUUCUUCUCGAUGAACUUCAUUCAGCUUUUGAUAUUAACGCUCUCACUUCUUCUCACCCGCUAGUUCAAGAAGCAAACACACCAGAUGAAAUCACGGCAUUGUUUGACACAAUUAGUUACAGCAAGGUAGAAGAUUCUUUAUUUGUUUCAAUUAUAUAUUUGCAUUUAAUGGAAUAGAUUUCAACUUAGGAUGAAAACCUUUUAUCUCCCUGAGUUAUUGAGUGGAACAAUUUAAAUGGCGAUUGAGAUGCUUAUCAAUAUUCUAAAUUUCCAAGCGAUAUUCUUCGAAGUUUCGACGAAAGUUCGAAUUUCAUCACAAAGUAGUUUAAAAUAUGUUACCAGUUUGACAUUGAUAUGAUACAUUCUCAAUACUCAUUAAAAAGAUCUUUGUUUAAAUAACAGUCAGCUUUUAUCAUUCAUUAUCUUGAUUUUGAAUUCCAUUUUAGUGUGCCAGUAUUCUAUACGUAUGAUAAAUGACCUUAUUGGAGAAGAAAUUUUGUACUUGGGUUAACGGUAAGUGAAACUAAAAAUUAUCUAGAAAAUGAACGCUUGUAUGAUUGCUGUCGCAUUUUUAACAUUAUCUCAAGUUUCCAUCAAAAACAAACAACAAGGUCAUUU